UUCUCAGGGAAGGACGGAAAACGUCUUAAGGUUUACUGCAUGUAUUAAUUAGGUCAGAUCCAGCACGUAAACUGCAGUGAUCAAACAGUGAUCGUGGAUAGGAUGAAACAAGGGCUUGGGGUGGGGGUCCCAGGUGAACGGUGGAUUCGGGGUACAGUAACAGGAGAGACUACGUGGCGUUAUAAAAGGCACAUUUGAGACUGACAACAGGCCAAUAUUAACACCAGAAGGAACAAAGAGCAUCAGAUUUUCCCGUUUCAGUGAUACCUGUCAUCUUUAAAAGUCAAGAGGACAAUUUCAGUAGCAUUGUUCUUCGCUGCAUCUGAAAGAUAAGACCACUACACAGCAUUUUGGCUUCAGCAACAUGUCACAAAUGGGGCGAGUUUAAAUUUGCUUUCUUUAUUUUUCCUGUCAAUAUUUCAUCACUGACCAUUUUUGAUUCACACUGGCACUUUUUUCACAUGUAGAGAAUACUUAGUUGGAUUCAGAAAUUGGAAAGGUGGGAGGGAGGGAGGGGGAACCCAGGGAAUCCUAUGACACAUUUAAAACGUGUAUUUUAUAAUUUAAGCUGAAAACAAAGCAACUGGGACGCAGGUGGAGGGUAAAAACGUGAAAAGGUGGUAAAACCACUGCUGACAGAAGGAAUAUCAGAGCAAUAUUAUUUUCCAAAAUUGUUUUCUUGAUUGCCAGUCAUAUUACAAACAUUGUCCACAUUAACCUGAGAAAGUAGCCUUUUUUGAAAAGGGGAUGUAUAGGUUUUUAUUUUAACUGUUCCUUUCAAGAGAGUAAUUCUUCUGCAGUUUAAGCACAUGCUUAAGUAAAAAAAAAAAAAAAAAAAAAAAACUUGUAUUUUUCCUGGUACUGACUUGCAUAACAACAUCCUUGUUUUAAUAUUCACUGUGUCAAACCAUUCAGUCAGAACAGCAGUUCCUUAAAGGGCACCUUGCAGCUGUGACCAUUUCUGUUUUGUGCUGUCUGUCUUGCUCAGCUUGUACAUACUGUGGAUAAAAGUUGUUGCCAUAACUUGUAAACUGAACAGUUUAAAACCACUUUUUACUGCAUCUGGCAGGAUUGAUUUGACUUCCUGUAGUGGGAAAUAAUACUUCAAAAAAACUUCUGUUUCUCUGAAGAUAUUUAGUUUUUUUGUAACAUAGGGCUUUUAUAGGCCUGCAUUUUGUUUUUGAGCCUUUUUGAACCUGGACCUCAAUUACCUGCAUUUCAGAAUGUCUGCUGAGGCCGCUGCCUCACAGGCUUCAUUGCUGGCACCAGAAGUUGGACCUGAUGGUGUAGCAGUAGUAACUGCUGUAGUGCCGGUAGCACCAGGGGCUGUGCCAGUACAGCAUCGUGUUGGUGCGGCUUUUGACCUCAAGCCUUUGAAUCCCAGCAGUAAAUAUGUAAAGCUGAAUGUUGGAGGGUCGCUCCAUUAUACCACUGUGCAGACGUUGACAAAGCAAGAUACAAUGCUGAAGGCCAUGUUCAGUGGAAGGAUGGAAGUCUUGACUGACAGUGAAGGUUGGAUUUUGAUUGACCGGAGUGGAAAGCAUUUUGGAAUGAUCCUUAACUAUUUGAGGGAUGGUGCUAUCCCACUUCCUGAGAUCCAACGCGAGCUGGAAGAGCUGUUGGCUGAAGCAAGGUACUACCUGAUCCAGGGAUUGGUAGAAGAGUGCCAGUUGGCUCUGCAGCAGAAGAAUGAAGGAUAUGACCCGGUUUGUAGAAUUCCGAUGAUCACCUCACCAAAGGAGGAACAGAUGAUCAUCUCUUCCAGCAACAAGCCUGUGGUGAAGUUGUUACAUAACAGAAGCAACAAUAAGUACUCCUACACUAGUAACUCCGAUGAUAAUUUGCUGAAGAACAUUGAGCUGUUUGAUAAACUAGCCCUGCGCUUCAAUGGACGAGUCAUCUUCCUGAAGGAUGUCCUGGGGGAUGAAAUUUGCUGCUGGUCCUUCUAUGGCCAGGGUCGUAAGAUAGCAGAGGUUUGCUGCACUUCAAUAGUUUAUGCCACAGAGAAGAAACAGACUAAGGUUGAAUUUCCAGAAGCACGCAUCUUUGAGGAGACGUUGAAUAUCCUGAUGUUUGAGGCUCCACGAGUAUUGGACAAAGCUCUACUUGAUACCACUGGGAGUGGGGCAGCAAGCUGCCCACUGCAUGCUGAUGACGAAGAUGGGCGGGAAAGGCGAGUGCGUCGGAUUCAUGUGCGUCGCCACAUUGUACACGAUGAAAGACCUAAUGGCCAUCAGGCUGUUUUUAAAGAUUGAGAACAGUUUACAACACUAGCAUUAGAAUGAAAAAUUAAUUAAUGUCUUAAAAUAUGAAAGAGACUAAAGUUCUCACAGUGAAUGAAAAUGACUAAUUAUCCUAUUUCUUUUUUUUUUUUUUGGCCAGGCUUUUACCUUAAAGGGAAGGAGUGUUUGCUUCAUGCAGACUUGCUGUUUUUCAUUUCUGGGAAGGUCUUUAAUGGUUUACAGAAUAUUGGGAAUACCUGCAUGACUUCCUGUCCCUCAGGUUGCAUUACCUUCCUCUAAUUUUAUGUUUCUUGUCUGGGUUGUGUACCCCCCAACACAAUCUUUGCUAAAGACUAGCUGAAGACAUAUGAUACAGGUGACUUAACAAGGAUUAGACUAAUUCAGGAUCCUUUGUCAUAGGGAAAAUCCAGAUUCCCCAGCUAGCUUUUCCCUGCAUUAACCUGUCAUACUGAACAUUGAGGUUUUCUAACUAGUAAGGAGACUUUGAGUGCCCCAAGUUUUCCUGAGUAGGAGUUUGUAAUGUGCUUUGCACAGGAUACGAUGGGAUGCACUGAAAUGAUUCUUGAGUGGAAUUGUAUGAUGCACUAAUUUCUAGACCGUUUUGGGAUGCUGUUUCAUUAUGAUGUUUACAGAAAAAAUACAUAAUUCGGUACAAACAAACUGUUUAAUGUCAUGCUUUACAUUAAUUAGCAGUUUACAUUCUCUGCCAUUGGUAAAUACAUAUUUUAGUCUUGCAUUCUACUUUACUGGGACCCAUUCAAGUGCUUAUUUGUGCUCACCUUAUCUAAAUAGGUUUGCUCCUAGCUGAAGCACAUAUUAGGAGUAUGCAUAGUAUUCAGAACUUGAUCUCUGUAUCAUAGUUUUAUGUCCCUUGUCUCUUUUCUAAAGCAUCCCUUGUCCUUCCAUUCAUACUUUGUGAGCUGUUUCUCUGCCAAAGCACCCACAACAGCAGCUGUGAGCUUAAAACCACCUAAACUCAGUGCUACUACCAAGCAUUAUAGCAGGGGUCUCCGCCAGUAAAGUGAUAUUAGUGAUGUGAAAAACCAAAGAAAACCAGGGCAGGGGAAGUCUGUCUGAUACCUGCUUGCAUUGGCUCUCAAGUUAAAUAAGAUGUUAAUCCUUUGUUGGUGUCUAGGGGGCAGUAACAGUACCCAACAGGCAGCUGUGAUUGCAUGUAUUCAUUAGUUUUCCCACUACACUGAAUGCUACUUAAAUGUGUGUCUGGAAUCCACCCAGGAAUAAAACUGUGAAGCAGGGAGAAAAUACAAAGUGGUGGGUUUUUUAAACCAACCUUGUUACAAUUGUUUGAUUAUAUUACUGCAGAUUUUGUUUUGUGCUUCUGUGUAUCUGAGAAAUAUUUUAAAAGGUUUGCUGUCGGCCAUUUCUCCCGAAUAGCUCAUUUCUUUUAGAAUUUGGUCAUUUCAUGUUGUGUGUGGGAAAAACAUUAGGGGGGUAGUAUUGCUAGCAGUCUAACUGGUAGUUGAGUUUUUCAGUACUUUGUAUACUUUACGGUUGUCGAUAUGUAUGUGUAAUGUUUUCUUUUUUUCCCAUUCUGUCCAUUUCAUUGGAGUUUCAGGUCUUUAUCAGGAAUUAUUUGUUUAUUUUUCUGCAUUAGUUAAGCCUAGUGGCAGCUAAAAAAGUACACAAAGUUUAGAAUAUGGAAAACGUUUUAUUUAAUAGCAUUUUUUUUUUCUUUUGGGGUGUAAUCUAAUUUUCAGAAGAAGCAAAAUUACAAGCAGAAUGCAGGCAACAGUAUGGCUUCAAAUGUACAUAAGUAUAUGGAUUUCUCCAUAAUGGUUGACAAAUGUAUAACUGACAGCUGUUCUGUUGAGUCUGUUUGGUUGACAAAUUAGCUGAUCGAAUGUGCCUGUGCAACCUAAAUGGAGUUUGCAUGUUUUUUUAGUAUCUGCUUGGGUUUUCUCUGGGUACUUUUGUUUUGUCCACAUUUUGAAAAUGUAUUGCAUGUAGGUUUGGCCUUAUUCUGCAGGUUAUGGGUGAAAAAAGUGUUUGAAGGAGCAGCUCAUUAUUUAAAAAAAAGUACUUAGUGGAGUGCUACUUUUUCUGCUAGGCUCUUCCAGUCCACUGCCUUUUGUAGUUCAAAGUAUUGCAGCUCCGUUUCUUACUACAUCUGUUGCUUUGUUAGCAGUGACCCCCCCAGUGCGAUGUGUGUGCCAUCCACAUGCCUUCAGGAGUAUGUAGUAUAUUCUCCUGCAGUUCCAGUCACUCGUUUCUGCAGAAAUUGUUAAUUUUUUGAGUCCUGGUCCUUACUAGGAUUUUUUUGGGAAGGGGGGAAUAAUGGUGGUGGUGUUUACAUCUUUCAUGGUGCAAGCUGUUAGCUGCAAUUCUUAAUUCUUUUUCAUGUUUUUAUUUUUGAAGAGAAACUUUUUUUUUGCACAUUUUCCCAAUAUUGUGCAUCUUUGCUUGUUUGACAAAAUGCUCAGCUUAUCCCACUCCUAUUGCCUGAUCUUCACCACUACUGGCUUUAAUUAUCUUGGAGCAUGUCAUGCCUGGCAUGGCUUGUCAGUUCCUCAUGUGAUAGCAAGUGCAGUUCAGUGGAGCCUGGGCAUGCUCAUUGUCCAUUUUGUUUUUUGUUUAUUUUUGUUGCAUUUACUUCAUAGUGGCCAUCUACUGUGUAAUGUGAGGAUCUCUUUAACAACAGACAUCAUUUGGUUGGUGAGGGUGGUUGACCGUUUUUUUCUCCCUUUACCACUGCUGUACCUAGAAAUUGCUGGCAUUUGGAAGUGUUGUCAGCCACCUAGAUAGUUUUUGCCUUUGUAAGGCAGUCAGCCGUGUGAUGUAUGGAUUUACCUGUUUUUCACAGUGUACGAAGGAUAUUAUUUUUUAGUCUGUGCCAUGUUGAACCUGCAUAGAAUUGCUUCACAGAGUCGUUAACUCAAACACUCUGUUAUGUAAGUUUCUGUUGAAGAAUGUGCUUUUAUGUACAUACCUCGAGUUGUAUUUUCCUGGCUUUAGAACAAAAUAUUUUGUUACCAUCUUUUUUUGUUUAUAGUCUCACAGAACCUUAGGGUUGUCUUUGUGAUGUAAAGUCAUUUUGAGUGAUGCUGUUGUGGUAAGGUCUUUAGAAACUCUCUACUUGCAAAGAGCAUUUGAUUUUAAAUUGUGGCUUUUGGUAUUUCUGUUUUAGCACAUAAAAAACUUUCUAAGUAACACAACAAUGCACAGUUAACACUUGGAGCCCUUAAGCGAUCAGCAGGCAGUUCAGGAAUGUCAUACAAGAAUAAAAAAAAUACUUGAAAUUAAUGGUCUUGUUUUAUAAAAUGGGUAAUACAUACCCUGUUGUGUGAAAGGUUAUAGGUUCAUAGGCAGAUACCAGGCUAUCAGGCUGCAGACUAUUACAAGCCUAACCAAUAACUAGAGGUCAGAAUCAACCCCCCCGUACUUUGUAUCUCAAAGGUAAAGACCUUAACCAUUAUGACAGCCUCUCCCUCCUAGCAGCUUUAAGUAUUUUUUCUUAUACAGAGUUCACAUAUUUAUACCUUUUUCUGCUUUUACUUUGGUAUUAACUGCAUGUCCAGUGUGUGCUUGAUAAAAUGCUGUAGUUUUUUUGUACCUGUGCACCACUUUCCCCUUACACCCUGCUUCAUUUGUACUUCUGUUAUCACCAUGUGGCAGUAUAGCACUCAGACAAGAUGCUCAUCUUCCAUGUAGGUGUUAAAUAAUCUGGGAAAUGCACCGCUACCAGUUGUCAGUCCCUGUGUUGUCUCACAUCUUUUUCUGAAUUUGGAGUGGAAUGUGAUGGCUGGUAAAGUGUGAUGUGUGUCAGUGCCAUGAACUGUCAGUAACCCAAAAUAACCUGGGAAAUUCACAGCCAACAGAUGCCAGUCCCUGUGCUGUCCCAAGUCUUUUUCUGAAAAUGGAGUGGAAUGUGAUGGGUGGUAAAGUGUGAUGUGUAUUAGCCCCAUGCAGUGUCAGUGACCCCUGUGAGUUUCUUGCAGUGGAGUAACUGGUAGCACUGCAGCUGGUCUCAGGUUUGAUUAAUGUUACAAUGGGCUGCUUUUCUCUAGAGCAGAAUUUGUUCUGUUUGGGGGGGGGGUCUUCCUCCCCUCCAGACUAAUAUAACAGAUUCUGUUUUUAUAAAUAACAUUCAUUUUUUCAGUAGAUUGAGUAUUUGAAUUGUCUUUUAACUCCAGAUGUGUGUGGGACAACAGAACCAGACUGUGUCAAGUUCAUUCCACUCUGGCACCCUUAUGUGUAAGAAGUUACCAUUGCUAUCUUUUUUUGUGCAUUUCAUGUAUUACCAGAAAAUAUUUUACAUGUUUUUGGUUACUGCCUGGUAGCAUCUGCCAGUCAAAUUGUAGGUGAAAAUUUGUUUUACCAGAAAGAUUAAUGCUGUUAUUCAGACCCCUGAAAGUGUUCUUCAGUCUUUGCUUUUCCCAAAGGUUUUCUAGUACUGUUAUGUUAUGUAACCAUUACACAUGAUUGUUUGGAGUAGUGGGAUUCCUGCAUGCUUCUUGCUUGAUGUUUUAUGAAAUUACUAUGCUGUAAUUUGCUAAUUCAAAUAUUUAUAGCUUUUAGCUGUUAAUUUAGGUACAAGGCAUUUACAUAUUGAAGCAAAUGGUUUUUGCAGGUGAAGUAGUGAUCAUUGCAGGUGCAUUGUUUUUGGGGACGCCUUAUUUUCCUAGGAAGUGUGCUGCUGCAUAUGUGCUAAGGGCAGACUGUAUGAUUUCUAACUCCAGUAAAAUGCUACUUCAAUGCUUGUUCUUGCAUGGUGAGUCAGAGAAAUCCAGUUUAUUGCACAUUAGGACCUAACAGUCUUGCACAAAAAUUAUGUUAUAUUCUUGUAUGGUGGACGGAAUUGGUAGCAGUUUAAAUGCAGUCUGGAGAAGUAUGGGAUUUUGCUGCCCCCCUCCCCCACCCUUACACACACACUUGCAGACUAUAGGUCAGUAGUCAAAUGUAAAUGCCUGUAUGUGAGGUACGAUUGUUUUUAUUAUCAUUUAGUCACCCUGGUCACUACCUGGUAUUGGGCAGUUAUUUAAUACUGACUACUUCCAUUGUCAGUCAUUCACAACCCCAUUUUGCACACACUGAAAGUAACCUUCAUAUUGCUGUUUACUGCAGUGGUAUGUGGGCAUCCUUCUCCUUAGACAAAGAAUCUGUAUGUUUUACUUUCUGCUGUUCCUGUAGGCUCCUAUGUGCGGUAUGCGAAGCAGUGGCUGUCACAUGCUUUUAUAUAUGUUCAUUCUCGGGUACUUUGUGAAUGCAUUGAGCAAGCCUGCAUUCUGUAAAUAACAUAUAGCUUUCUUGGCAAUUUUACUUCACAUUUAUUUUGUUUUAUUUGCGUUUUGUUUUCCAGAGUAGUGCAGUGAUCUCCAUAGGCCUUUUUUAGACUCAGCCCAGGAUCAGUGUCUGGUUUAGUGACUUGCUCAGAGUCGCACUGUUAGGCAUUUGAGGCUGAGGGAAUCAAACCUUCCACCUCUGGUCCACAGGAAACAACUCGCUAACAGUUGUCUAAUCCUGUAAGCCAGGUGUCAGACAAACAUGACAAGCAUUAGGGAGCACCCGUCCCCUUCCCCUGAGAUGGAAAAUCAGUGAAAAGCUGCCUCAUCCCAUCCCCUACUUCUCUGUGGCUCUUUGGCCCUGGGGAAGUUAGUCAAAUUCAAUUGUCCAAUGGCAUACUCUGCAUGUCCUCCCCGCGGUUGAGUGGCCUCCGAAAGACAUGCGUGAAUGGGUGUGCCUUCGCUGAAGGUUGGGCGUCGGGCUGGCAACUCGGCACCAUAAAAAUCUACUGCCAAUCAUUAGCCGAUCGGAGUUCUGCUGUGGUGACCCCUAACCGGGAAAAAACAAAAAGAUAAACAAUGGCAUACUAGGACACAUGACCUUAAAACAGUGGAAAGGUGGUAGGACUUACUUUCUGUUGAAGGAGAUGGCUUGCAGUACUUCAUGUGUUUUUCUUAAUUGCUGUCACUGCCAGGGGCAGAAUUGUUUUAACUAAUGUGUGCGGCAUGAUAUAAUAGGCAGUGUCAAAACUUGCUGCAGGCAUCUGUACUGUGCCCUGAGUAACCUGAGACUAAGCAAAGAGAAUUAAUUUUAGUAUUGUGACUUGGGAGUAAUGCUACUUUAGUUAUAAGUUCUGUGGUAGCCAAACAGAGGAGUCGCGGGAGAUCCUCAUUUAACAGAUGUCUGGAGUGUAGGUGUAUAGACUGCAGGAAGGGGUACAGUUUAUACUCUGUCAAAAACAGAUGUAUCAUAGCAUUAUUAUUUUGUCUGUGACCAUUUUCUAAAUGAGGCCCCGUUGCAUGUUUCAAGCAGUUGUAUUCAUCACUGUUUACUGCAUUUGCCGAUUACUGCCUGUAGCUUUGAUUGUGAGUGUAUAGGGACCCUUGUCUCAGGUCACCUCACAUACUCAGUAGCUGAAGAACUGAAAUGUAAAUAAUUGGGGAUUAGGUGAACAGGCCUAAGUACAAGGCAGCGGCUUAGGUUAGCUGCACAGAUGGAGGAAAAAUAGCAUAUGAGAGGCACAUUGGACAUUUUGAGUAAAAACAUAGACAUGUAAAGCUGUUAAUUUGGGAGAUCCAGACAUUUUAUUUCUUACUUGAUAACUUUCUGCUGGGUACCUCAUUCUUUGUACAGUACAAGGGUAGAAAAUGUGCCCCAUGGAGGCUCUGACAAAGCAUAACUUUUAAGCUUCUUUCAUCCUUGUGGAAUUUGUUUCUGUUUUAUCAUCAUAAUUAUAAUCUGUAUACCAAACAUUGCUAUGCUUUCAUUCCUCCAAGUUUUAUGUUUCAAGUCAGGCAAAAGGCUGCUCAUUUCUGGGUAUACUUGUGUGUUGUGUGCCUGCCUAGAACUGUACUUUUAGUUUGAAUGUAUCACCUAGAAAUCUUCCUUCAGUGGGUUAAGAGAGAGAGAAUAGACUUAAAACCUCUCCAAGCAAGCUAUGAAUACCUAGAAUUCUAUUAUUGCACUUAUUGCUUCAUUGUGAUCCCUUAGUGUCAGAAUGUUAAGUAGCUUCACCCUGGCUGUCUCAUUUUGUGGCUAAGUCUAAAACUUGUUAACCUCCUCCACCUGUAUAUCAAAUAUGUUUGAGAUUAGGCCAGGGCUUGUAGUCAGAAUUACAGUGUGAUCUAGGGGAGUGUAUUCUGGCCAGGAAAAGUAUGUUAGUAUGACUUACAAGUAACUCGUAUUGUGUUUGCAAGAUAUUAAGUUCAUUUAGCAAACAUCACUCAUCCCAGUAGUACCAGGAAAAAGCCUUGGUGCCAAGUAAUACUGAUAUGUGUGUGUGAGAGGGUUCUGUAGUCCUACUGUUCUGUUCUUUCCUCCCCACAAUGAAGUGUACCCUAGUGGUCAUCAUGCAGAUGGCCAUGGGACUUGGUGGCAGAGAGUGCCCAUGCCCUGAGGAACCUUCUUACUAUUUGGAAAACACGUAGUGAAGGACCACGCUUAUUCUUUACAUAGUUGCUUUCUUGUGGAGAAGGAUCAUGCUUACUCAUUACCUAGUUCUACCCCCCCCUGCUGUAACCCUUCAGAAAACUGGUUUAUUGUGGUGAAAUAUCAUGCUUAUUUUUAGUUCUCCCACAUCAUGCUCUUUCAGGAAGCCGAUGUGUUGGGGUGAAUAAUCAUUUAAUAGCUAUGGCAAACUGAUCAACUCUGUUUUGCAUUUUCUCAGCUGUGAGUUUCUCUUCAUUCAAGAUAUAUCCAACUAAAGAUCCAAUCCUGCAGAGCCAUUAGAAGUGGUCUUUUACAUUCUUCUCUCUCUCUCUCUUUUCCUCAUUGGAAAUGACUGUGCUUUGUUGUUGAUCCCCCUUCGUCUUGCCAAAUUUCUGGGUGAACCAGAGUUUAGGAGUUGGCUUGCAUUUAGUGUCUGGUUCCUGAUUCGAAUUUCUUAAGAAGGGAAUCCCACUUAUCCCAUUGAGGUGAUUUUAAUGGACGCAAUUGUUAAAGACUUAAUAAAGUUUAAUAGGAAACAAAAUGCACGUACACUUUCAGUUCUGUUUUGUCAUCGUCUCCUAAAGUGGUCUGUGUCUUUCUGUUUGUUUCUGUUGCUGCUAGGUCCGUGCAUUUCAGUUCUGAGUAACAGUCUAAGGCAGAGGUGUGUUUAAAGGAGCACUUAUCUUCAGAUUUUAGAUUCAGCAUUGACUCCAGCCCUUUAUUUACCACUUUGAGAGUAGUCCUAUCUGAGCCUGUUUUUUUAGUGUUUACUUUGCUAUGUUUUGGGAAGUAUUUUAAAAGGAAUUAACAUUUUUCACCAUCAGGUCCCACAGUUACCCCUUGAAGUGAUUUGGUCACAUUUAGGAACUGUAAUGAGUUAGGAUUGUCACAUUCUGUAUUUGGACAUCUGUACUGUUUAUCAUGCAGAAAAUUGUUUGUGGGGCAUUUUUUUUUUUACCUGGUGCCCUAUGAGGAAUUUGAGACCCAAAAAUGUGAACAUCAAAACUAGCAAACUUUUAGGUGUGAUUCAUGAUAAGUAGCAGAGAACUGUGAAAGCUGUUCCUCUCAAUGAGCUGCACUGCUUACACCCCAAGAUCUCUGUACCUUGAAAAAAAGGGAGUUCAAGUUGCAACAGUUUUGGAUUUAAUUUCCAUUUCCUUGUAAUCGCACUUAAAUUAAAUGUUCUCAGUUUUGAGGCUUGCAGUUACUUUCUUUGAACUUAUGACAGGGAACCCUUCUUUCAUUCUUGGAGUUUCAACUUCCUUUCCAGAGACAUGACAUGGAUGGAGAUGAGAAUAAAAAAAAAUACUAAUUUGUGUACCCUGCACUACCCGUUAUUCCGUGAUCACCAGGAUGAAUGCUAGUAGGAAUAGAGGAAGACUGCCAUGAUAACUACGUUUGCACAGUGAAUUGUUUUGUUUACCCAGAAUGCCCCAUUACUAUUUUUUUAUUAGAUCCAUUUGUGACACAGUUUUGUGUGGCCAUGCAGGACAAUAAAAUAUGGACUCAAAUUAGUUAUUUUACAAAAUUGUCAUAAUCUUAAUAUUUAAAGCAUGGUUGGCAGUGAAUUGCAGUAUAGAAAAAAGGUGUCCUGAAGAAUGAGUGAAUCACUUCAAACCAGACAUAGGAUCCUUUUGUUUGCACUUGGGACAAGCAUGAUAAAGUAAAUGAUUUUAAAUUAGAAGGUACACAUUUUGUAAUCUUAUUAUUGUUUCUAUUUAUUUUCAGCUUUUUAAAUAAUGUGUCAGCUUUUUUCCUGUUUUGCUUCUGUAUUGCCUGACUUUAUAUGUUUGUAAUUUAUUACCAAUAAAUACAAUUUUUGGUAAUA